CACCUUUCAGCGUUUAAUCAAAGCUCUCCGUCUUCCCUUUGCUUCAGGUAAUAUUUGAACGAAUUGAUUAUUAGUAGUACCAUGGGAUCCGUUGUUGAUGCUGCAAACAAGGUGGCAAGUGCAAAGAAACCUACUGUUAUUUUUGUCCUGGGUGGUCCAGGUAGUGGGAAAGGUACACAGUGUGCCUAUAUCGUUGAGCAUUUUGGUUACACACAUCUGAGUGCUGGAGACCUUCUUAGAGCUGAGAUUAAAUCAGGUUCUGAAAACGGAACUAUGAUCCAGAAUAUGAUUAAAGAAGGGAAGAUUGUACCUUCUGAGGUCACAAUCAAACUUCUGCAGAAAGCAAUUGAGGAAAAUGGUAAUGACAAGUUCCUCAUUGAUGGUUUCCCUCGCAAUGAGGAGAACAGAGCAGCAUUUGAGAAAGUUACUGAGAUUGAACCAAAGUUUGUCUUGUUCUUUGAUUGUCCUGAAGAAGAGAUGGAGAGGCGUCUGUUGGGUAGAAACCAGGGGAGAGAGGAUGAUAAUAUUGAGACUAUAAGGAAGCGUUUCAAGGUGUUUCUUGAAUCUAGCUUACCAGUGAUUCAGUACUACGAAGCUAAAGGGAAAGUUCGCAAGAUUCAUGCUGCAAAGCCCAUUGAAGAUGUGUUUCAGGAGGUGAAGGCCGUCUUUUCUCCUGAAGCUGAGAAGGUUGAAGCCUAGGCAGCAGCAUCAGUAAAGAUAUAUCCAGAUAAAUUGAUCAGAAUUUGCAGGUAGUUGGGUGGUGGCAUCUUUUACCAGGAAGCCUCUGCUUGGCCGUAUUUUGUUCCUCUAUAUAACCAUAUGAUUACUGUUGUCAUUAUUAUAAUACACAUUUUACCUACUAUAUAAUUUUUUUUGUAGUUGAUCAAAAAAAAAAAUUUUUUUUUUGUACUUGAUGAGAUUGGCUUUCUGUAAUAAUUUCAUAAAAAAUGAAUUUAUUGGAUUUUGUAAUAUAGUAGAUUGUUUACGCA